CGCGCACGCGGCGGAGUGACGUCAGGGCGGCGGCGAGCGUAGGGCGGCCAUUGAGCAGGCGGCCAUGAGCGAGAAGGGGGAGUUGGAUUUGACUGGAGUGAAGCUCAACACCGGCGUCUGGCUGGUGAAGGUUCCCAAAUAUCUUUCACAGCAAUGGGCUAAAGCGACAGGAAGAGGUGAAGUUGGAAAGAUAAAGAUAGCUAAGAAUCAAGGGAAAACUGAGGUUUCUUUCACUUUAAGUGAAGAGCUUGCAUGUAUCCAGAAUGCUAGUGGGAAAGGUGCACCAAUCAGUGCACCCAGAGAGCAUCCAUUCACAAUGCAGAGCGUUGGAGGACAGACGUUAUCUGUUUUUACGGAAGGACCAUCAGGACAGUCAGAAGAGAAAUCUGAUGGCACCAGUGAAAAACUAACCUUUGAAGGUGUUGUGGUUCAGCGUGCAGAAUGUAGACCAGCUGUCAAUGAAUCUUACAUGAGAUUAAAAAGACAGCAAAUUGAGGAAUCUUCCAAACCAUUCCGUCUCUCCCUACAACUGGAAAAGGCUGUAACAACAAAUUACAAGCCUGUUGCAAACCAUCAGUACAAUAUUGAAUAUGAGAGGAAGAAGAAGGAAGAUGGAAAACGUGCUCGAGCUGACAGGCAGCAAGUGCUGGACAUGCUGUUUUCAGCAUUUGAGAAGCAUCAGUACUACAACAUUAAGGACCUGGUGGACAUCACAAAGCAGCCAGUUACCUACCUAAAGGAAAUUUUGAGAGAGAUUGGCAUCUACAAUGUAAAAGGAACCCACAAGAACACAUGGGAACUAAAACCAGAGUAUCGGCAUUACCAGAAUGAAGACAAAAGUGAAUAGAAUGACACAGUGGCUAAAAAGUAUUAAGCUAGAAAGUGAGAUGUUCCAAGAUGUAGUCUUAGCCUCAGUCAUGAGAGCUGAGCAAUGGUGAUUUAUUUACCUCUUCAAAGGCCAGAAUAUUUUGUAUGGCAGCCAAUUUUUAAAGUUGAAGAGGAAAGGAUAAGUUAUGAGUUUUUAUUUGAAUCAAGGAAAAGCUUUGUAUCUUUAAGUGUUUUGAUGUAGCAAGUUGAUUAAUGUAGGGCUAUAUUUGUACUGUCAAUAAAGUAUUGUGUUGAAGAUAUUCCUGCAGGUGGUACUAUCCAGGUUAUAAAUUAUCAGCUGGUUAUAUACUUCACAUGAGAUGGUGAACAUCACUGUAGGUCCCUUUCUUUGCCCUUGCUCAAGACAAACAUCCUAUUUAAGGCAUGAAGGAUUGAUGAUGUUCUUCAGUGACUGCUACUGCAGAACAAGAAUACCUUAUGGUAUAAGAAUAGUUCUUGUAAAAUAAUCUGUUGGUGAAGGCAGGGUGUAUCACAGUACUUAUUAGAUCUUGAAAUCUGGGGAAACUGGAGUAAGUCCACAAUUUGUUGGUGAGGAAAUCUAGGGCCUUCACAAUGAUGUUGCUGUCUCUAUAUAGUAAAGGGACCAGUCAGGUUAGGAUGAGUUCCUUUGGAAAAAUAAAGUGCUGCAUAUGUGGAAAUCUGAAAUAAAAACUGACAUGCUGGAAAUUCUCAGCAGGACAGUAUCUGUGGAAACAGUUCAGGUGAUAACCUUUUAUUUGAACCAUUAAAGUGUUCUUUGGAAUUUUAUAUCUGAGGAGUGACUUAAUUGAGGUUAUGAGAGGUCUGGACAGGGUGAACAGGAUCUUCUUUUCCUUGCCUGAGAGAAAGUAGAGAUCAAAAAGCUGAGACUUCAACCACCUCAACUUCCUUGCAUUGCAUCUUCGCCUGGUACAGAAAUCCAACCAGAUGAGAUUCACUAUCAUGGUUGGCCCUUCUCCCCAAAACUUCCUACUCUGUUCAAAGGGAAUUUGGAGAUUUUUAUCAGUUUCCAAAUUAUUAUGUUAUCUCAUUUAAAAUAAGCCAAAAAAAAUGCUGCCCUAUAUAUCUCUUAUGGGCCAUUUUGUGAGACAGAGUCAAAAUAAAUGUAUUCCUGGGUGGGGAAGGAGAGCAAAUCACAAUGGAUAGAAAUAUUUAAGUUGAUAAGAAUCAAGCAUCUAGAAUUAUUUACAGAUGAAUGAAGUCCUCAAGAAAGCCUGAAUGGGUUGGAACUCUAUCCAGAAAAAGAGGUGACCUCUUAGAGGCAUUUAAUAAGGGAUAUACAUAAGAUAAUGUUGCAUUUACAGGAAGACUAAAAUUAGGGCCAAUGUACUAAAGGAACCUUAAUUGUGUGGAAUAUUGAUUUUGAACAGAUAGGAUGUGGUCUGCUAUAUUAUUGGGUGUGAAGAGUAUGCCAUUUGCCAUUCUGACUCAUCGUGGGAAUGAAAGAGGCAAAAUAUAAAGUAUCUUAAUCAGUGGCUGACCCCAAACCUUAUGGUUACACUCAAAACAUUGUAGGGAUAGUCAUUCAUGAACCUGGAUAGCAGCCAGCUGAAAGAAGUUGAAUGACUCUAAUUAAU